UAAUUGUUAAUUGUAGCAUACAGCACAAUGAGGGACCUGCUGGUGUUGGUCUUCUAGGGAGGGAUGAAGUUGGAGACAAUAUGUUUUUGGGAACCGUUGGUAACUAAACAUCGACAUCUUCUCCGCAUUGAGAACUUCAAACCCCAUACAAGAAAUUCGUGAAUUCACUGGGAAAGCCGAGUGAGAUGGAAGAGUCCCAGCGCAUCUUAAAACCGAGCCGUCACGCACGCAAUGGAAAGAGCGAGAGGGGAGUAGGGGCCAUCCCGCCGUGUCGCGCGCAGACCCUGCGGUCAAUACUCGGCGCGGCACGGUCGAGGGAGGAAGCGGACGGACGAGCGAGCUGGAAAUAAAGGAGCUGGUAGCCCCGUAUUUGCCAGAUACUGAUACAUUUCUACAAGGAAAAACACCAAUACCCCCUCCUUUCUCUUCAAACAGCCUUCUUGUUGCCCCUCUACAGGGAGGAACCAACCGAAAUCAGUGUCUCAUAGAUUCACCGUGUUUUAAUUUAGUUUCGGGAAUUGCCGGACCAAAUACGAACAAAUUAUGUGACUUAUACAAGGGUGUAGAAACCCUAACACAACAACAAGUUACGAUUUCGAGUGGCAACGAAAUUGAAACAGUGUCUAGUGGCUGAAGCUUCAGACAUUUCUUUCUCUUGCUUUAAAACACGUAUUCGAUUUUUAACAUUUCGUCUCUGUGCACGUAUGAAAAAUACCUACGCGUGUUUCUUUUCGGUUCAGUGAUGUGUCGUCGACAGGGGUUUGUUGGAGAUUUCACUCCACUCUUCUCCAUCUGUCAUCGUUUUCAUCAUUACCACCGUCUUCUGUGUGGCAGCGUCUGGCUCUAACUUCGCAAAGGAGGAGAUCCAACGUGGUGAGGGGAAGGAAGUAACCGUGCUGGCAACACAAGUGGGAAGAGCAACAGUGAUGGGUUUAUGGAUAUUAUUUGUGCUUUCGACAGCUGGGAUCGUAGGUACUGUGGAGGUCCACUUCGAGAACAAAGAUGGAGGCUUUUUCCUCAAGCAUGUUCCUCGCCAGUAUUAUCCUGCAGUGGCUGAUCUGGCUGGGGCAUCUGGAGGUAUAGGAUCUUCUCUGGAGCCUCGAGGUGGGGUUCCAGCAAGCACCAGCACUACCAGUAAUAAUGAUGCCAGCUCAUCCGUCCUCAGUGUGGAUAGAUUUACCGUGUUUCAGACGUCACAGCCUAUAUCAAUACGUGCCACAUACGGCCCGUUCUCCACAAAGCAGACUGUACCGGCUCGGUACAUAGUUCCAGACCCAUUGGAUCCGCUGCCAAUUCCUGAAAAACCUCAGCUGCAUUCAAGUAACUCCAGCACGGCAUCUUCUUCAGUCCUUCUCGAUAUGGAUCUCACGGCCUCCGCGUCGCAUCACCUGGACAUGAGUGCUCAUAUUGUGCGAACAGAGAUCCCUCGCGACUCUCCAGUGCUCCGGGUCCUGUUUCAUACCGGUUCGGACCCCGGAGGAAGGCGGCAGCUGUUGCUAAGGAACCAUCAGCGUGUCUGCAUCGUCCUCCACGCCGUACUGGGCGAGAGACCCGCAUUGACGGCCGCGUGCAGUCCCGAUGGUGAAGAUGGUGUUUGUCUUGCUCAAGUGACAAUUCCUGCCAACUGGUGGGCCCCGAUGCCGCCCCCGGAUAACACCGGACGAGCUAGCAAACCGGUGAAAACUCCGCAGCGGCUAGUUCAGGUGGCGUACUCUGUGCUAGAGCCGCGCACGGGCACGGAUGGUGAGGGCACGAAGGAUGAUGGCGGCUGUAUACCUCGAGUGCAGAUCCAGCCGAUGACACCACUGGCCGCGGUGCCACUCGUGCCAGCUCGGUCCGCGUACCGCGAACUACGAUCCGACGACUUGUUGACGAUGAUGGUGCCACACGCACCACUGUAUCCGUUGUCGCGUCUCCACAUCCCCGUGUUUCUCCAGCCACGACCCGAGUACCCAGUCUCCGUAUUCAUUAUCAGGGCCAGAGUGAAGAGCGGACUGAGGUUACUUGGAGCUGAUGCGAGUACAGAGCAGUGGAAUGUGAGUGUGGAUCUGAACCCCAAGCACACAGUAGCCACAGCAACGGCCAUCCGCAGAGAGAGCAACGCAGACCAGCAAUCCGGACAGCAAAAGGUUUUGCCGAGGGUGGAGGAAGUGUUCUCGUGGCUACUGGAAGUGGUGGAGGACAGCUCUGACCUAUGGGACGGCGGCCGCAUCGUAUGGAGCGUGCGUUACAUUCUCGAGGGAGCCGAAAGUAGCUCACCGUUUAUGCGUCCAGGAAAAAACAUCCGGCAACUGCAUGGUGGUCAUGGCCAUCAUGUAGCAAAUGGCGGCAGUCGAUCCAGCACCCAGCGCCGCCCCUUGAGGGAUGGAAUUUUGGAGGAGACUCGCCGAAAACUGACAGCACGACUCGAAAUUCAGAAAGAUGACAUCCAGUCGGUGCUGCCCAUAUCCAAGAACUGGGACGUCAUCAACACGGCCGUGCUGACUGGGCGCCAGGUCUCUCAGGCGAUGAAAGUGUUCAUCGUGAGCCAGGCAGGCAAGGUUGCAGAUGUCACCCUGCAGUCAUCCUGCCAUUCAGAGGACGAAAGUGUGCUCAAGGUGUCAUCAUCAUGCAGUUCUGUGUAUGUGGAUGGCUCUGAAAUUCGUGGAUCAUCUAAUGCCUCAGUGCUGGUUAAGUAUGGGACCUACACCGGCCUAGCCAAAUUCACAGUAUGGAUGCCAGAGUUUCCUUUGGAAGUUAAUGUGGCUGACUUUCGGCUCAGCCAGGUGAAGGGUUGGAAAGUACCUGAGGAACAUGUAAGUGCAAAAAUUAAAAGGUCAUCAGAUGAUACUCAAAAUAAUCGACCUGGGCCAUACAGAGGUUGGCCUAACACAGGAGCAAUGCUUCCGGAAGAUGUAGGAAAUGGUAUUGAUCAAGAACGUCACACAGUCUGUCGACUUCGUUUCCAGCAAAGUCCAGUAGAGGUGUAUGCCCACUUUCUAGCCACAGACCAUGAUUCAGGCAGAGUCAGUUAUUUUGUAAGUCGUCGAACUUCACUUCGUGUCACUGAUCUAGUACUGAGUUUACUACGUGUGUCUGAUCCACGAAUAGCAAGUUUGCACGGAUGUAUUUUACAAGGCCGGAGCAUUGGAAGAACAGAGGUCCAGGUACUGUCUCCCAUCACAGGAAGAGUAAUUGGUGCAAAGGAAGUUCGAGUAGUCAAUGACAAAGUGAGCAUAACAAGACUUCAGGUGAGAGUGGUCUCGGGCUUGCAGCUGUCCAUUGUGCCGGACAAUGCAGUAGAGAAUGGUUACAUUGCGGAGACAUCAGUGACUAGGAAGUUGACAGCUCAAUACCAGGAAGGAUUGUUGGAUAUUGACAUGGAGUUUUCAGACGGCUUUCGGACUCCACUACGUGAUGUCGCUGUGAGUGAUUUCUACCUUCUGGUGGACAGUUUAGAUCCUGAAGUGGUUGCAUUUGCUCCAAUGGUUGCUUCUCAUCAUCCACGUGUAAUAGCUGUGGGUGAGGGUCACGGUGAUCUACUGCGGGUGGCCCUUCUGCUGGCUGAAGAAUGUCGUGGGAGUACGGCAGUACGUCGAGGUGGUGCUAGCGGUGGAGCCAGUAAAAGUACUGGCAAAGGCAAUAUAGGAGGACCAUUAGCAGCUGCAUCAGCACACGUUGAUGUGGACUUUUCUGCUAGUGAAGUGCCACAGAGGCCGGACUUUGUGCAGAAUGAUGGAGGUGGAAAUGUGGGAUCAGGCCAUGGUGGACGUGACAGGAAAAAUAGCAGAGAGAUGGCUGCUGAUCUGCGUGACAUUCUGAAAGGUAUUCCACUGAAGGAUGAAAACAAUCACGAGCCAACAGUUGAGGCACGUCAACACCAUUCAGCUGCUGCUAAUGGUAUGGCAUCAGGAGUUGGAAUGAGACCGCACAACAGCAUGCACAUGACUCCCCUUGAAAUUGGAAUGUAUGUACUGCUGGCAGCCUUCUGCUUUGCUAUUGUGGUGUUUGUUGUAUCAUGUGUUGUGUAUGCCUCCAAGUUUAAACCUCAGGCUAUAGAUUCUUCAAGCGGUAAUACUGGUGGAGGUUCAAGUGGUCUUCACAGUUUGGGUGCUGCAGUUAGUAAAGUUACAGGAGGUAGUGGAAUUAGCAGCAUUGGUUUGGCUGCUAGUGGACAUCUGGGAGGAAAAAGACAGCCACGAGAAUCCACAACAAAUGCACAUGAUUGGGUUUGGCUAGGCAGGGCGACUCUUGAACGAGCAUCCGGUCACAUGGUGACAGGCGAGAUCUCUAGUCCUGGCAUAUCUCCACCUAUAUGCAGCAAUAACAAUAAUGUGUCUGGUAAAGAACAGAUAAACAUCACUUCAAAUCCUAUGAGUUAUAGUACAGCAGAUAAUAUGGAAAAUGAACAACAAAAUCUAGCAACUUGUUUUGACAACCCUAACCAUAUUGAUCUGCCAUCACGACCACCAGCCAUUGACAGCGCAACCUACAGUAAGAAAGAGAAGAUUCCAAGCAGACAUCACCAUCCUGCGCCACCUCCUACACCAAAGCAACAUCAUAAGUCCCAGCAUGUGGUCAAGGAAUCCGCUGCAGAUAAAUUGUGGCAAAUCACACCUCCUCCCCCUCCACUUCCACCACAUGGUAUUCCACCAGAGAAACAGCUGCAACAUCAUGGAGAAAGUGCAGAAGGAACUGAGGCAGCAGAAUACAAGCCUCCAGUUCCACCUCAUCGCAAUAUAGGUGUUACAGCCCGCAUUGGUCCUUCGAGGCAGCCAGGAUUAAUGCCUGGAUUUUUACCACAGCACCAACAGCCACCACCUCCACCUCCACCACCACAACAGCAGUUACCAGAUAAUGGUAUUACCUGUGUAACUGCAGAUCAGAGGGUCGAUGCAAUUCCGGCAACUGCGAUGGCCCCAAAUCCGGCCCCACCGCGGCGCCAUCAUCACCAUCAUCACCAUCACAGAAACAUCAACAAUAAUCACCGCAAUGGCAAAUUCAGUUCUUCUGUGCAUCACCAUGCAGCCGAUUCAGUUGCUGUACCUAAACCUGUGGACCAUCUACCUGAGGAGACUAACAGUAGGCAGAAGAACUAUAACCAAGAAUUAACCAAUCUCCAGCAGCUGAGGUACCAUCACUCGAAAGAAGACAUUGCCAAAAAUCAGCAACCGAAACGGCAGUUCAAAGAAGGAACGUACAUUACAUCCCGAGAGGAAGAUGAUGACGAUGAAGAUGCCCUUCCUGAUCCUACUUUUGUAGAGUUUCCAUCUGAAGGUGUCAUGGCUUGUGGUGGAGUCCAGCACAGAGGCAACAGUCCGGAAGUGAAGCGAGCAACAAUAGUGGGAAAUCCCAUGUUUUCUGCCACAGAAUAUGAUGGUGAGGCUGAAGAUUUCAGGGUGCAAGAGGAACUUCUUGGUCUGGAGGACCUCAAUCUUGGUAUGAACUAUGACCAAAUUAUGGAAUACUUUGAUAAUCUGAAGGAAUCCAAUGCUUGAAUUCACCUGCACAUUUCUUGCCUACUGUAAUAGCUGCAGCUGAAAUAAAACAUUUUUACUGGUGUAAAAUGUAACUGCAACAUCCACCUAACGGUGUGAAGAGGAAGUGAUCUUUAUGUAUUGUGUUCUCAAAAGUGAUAACAUUUAUUCUACUCUAGUCAAAAAUUGUCACUACUGCUUAAAACAGAAGCACUAUGAAGCUUCAAGAACUUAGAAUUAAGACAUUAUCUAAUGGUAAAAUUAUGUGAACCAACUAACCUAACCUCACAAAUCCACUUGUCUUCAUGUGCCAUUUAAUUCUGUACACCAGUUAAUGAAAAAAUCCAAAAAUCAAACUGUGAGCAAAUUACUUAUAUCAUAUGUGACCAUAACAACUUAGAAUUUUGUCACAUAGCUUUAUAACAAGUAACGGGACAUUCCUCGACUACAAAGUAAAUCAUGCGUCAUUUCUAUUUCUUUGUACAUAAAUAUGUUGUGACUUCUGGGUAUUAAUAUUAUUACAUCAUAUCAAAGUCAUCAUCUAUCAAUGCAUGGAAAAUUUAGAGAGCAUGUUGAAUGGAUUUCAGAGUAUAAGGUAUUGUGGUUACUAGAUUGUCAGACAUGGCCAGUAAAUUACGAUAGAAUGUUUGAUGUUCCUAUUUUCCCCACCUUACUACUUGUAGUUACAUAAAUCCAUAAAUACAGAGAACAAUUUAUUCAUUAUCUGGGACAUAAACCAAGAAUACUCUUCUUUUGUCUUUCUAAUCAUAAGAACAUGGCGCAGUUAUACUACAUCAUGCAUUUUUUUAAUUUGAACUUAACUAUUGUAUAAAACAAUCAUUUUCAUAGUUUUAUUAUGGAAAUGGUCACUUAUUCUUUCUUUAUGUAGUCACACUUUAGAUAUUUAUUGCAGUUUUCCCUUGUAAAUUUUGUGUUGUAAAAUUUUGUAAAUAUAGAAAUGAUUCAUAUUGUAUGCACCAUGACACUGUUGCACAUUUUAUAUAAACAAAUUAAUAUUUACCAAAUUUGUAUACAUAUGAGAGAAUAAUUGUAGUAGAAGUUUCCUUUUCUUGAUAGUUUCUUUUAAUGUCCUGGCAAGGACACCUUAUAAAUGGCAUGGUAAUCUGUAUCCUUUCAGUACCAUAUCAAAAUUUGUUGGUAUUGGCAGUAACAAUUUCUUGCUAGACUCAUAGCUAAGUUUAGAGAGUAGAAUUAAUUAUACCAUUGUUGUUAAAUGAAUCCCAUCUUCAAUAUUGCCAAGUUUAGUCUGGAAUGAAUAAAAGAUAUCCUCCUUCACAGUGAUAAAUUGUACGAUGUUGUUUUAGAAGAAAUACCGAAUAAAAAGAUUGCCCAUAUCGAAAUAUCAGUUGCUGUAAUGAAAUAUGAAUAGCAUUGUUAUUGAAACAGCUUUUGAAUACUGAAGCAUGCAAUCUGACAUAUUAGUGUGUUAGUGUUUCUAUCAAUGAUCUAUGUACACUAAAUGUGAUGUGCAAGUGUGUUGAUGUAUCUGUUAGUAGAUGUACGUAUGACGCAAUGAUUGAGUAACAGUACGUAAAAGUAUGACUUCAAAGUUUCACUUGGCUUUUAUAUAUCCUUAAGCGGCCCAUCCAUGUAUGAGUCUGGCUCAGCGAGCUUGACUCGUGAGCGGGGCUCGGAUAUAUUUCACCGCACAUGCAUAGUAGACUCGGCUCGUGACACCCCACCCACAAACGCGUCUGGCUCAAUGGAACCCGAGCCGAGCCGGACUCACAAGCCAGACUCGUACGUGGAUGGGCUGCUUUAAAACUCAUAAUAUUAGCAUUACACUGAUGACAGUGUACAGUCCUGUGCUCAACAUACUUUACUGGCAUUUUUGUCGUCAAUAUCUAUGAUCGCUGCAUGCGAUGUUACUUUCUAAGUAAUGAAAAAGUGAAAUGGCACUUGCGUGUCAGUUUAAUGGAUGACUAACUCAGCACUGUCAUUCAGUAUUGCAAUAUAGACAUUUAACUUAAGUUACACUGUCUGUAAUUUCUUGAAAUGUAUGAUAUCAGAAUGAAAACUUUAAGUGUACAUAUUAAUGUCAGUCAACAUAAUGUUAAAGAAUAAGUAUACAGCUGUUGUCUCACUAAGUAGAUGUAUUCUCAAUGAGGCUGUCACUGCAAUCAAACAAAUUCACUCAUGGAUACUCAGUUGAUGGAAAAGAGAAGUGAACAGACACAGAUAAGUGAGAUUCAGGUUCUCUCGGUGAUGCAUUUGAAGAUAACAUUGUACAUUUUGGAAAAUCCCUUCAGUGCUUACUUAACAUGGUGUAUUAGAUUUCCUCCUUAUGUGUGUUAUAAGAAAUUUGAUAUUAGUAAGCACAGAGUUGAGCAAACAGAGCCAUAUUCUAAUCUUAACAUCCGAUUUGGCCCCACAGGCCACCCAGCCUAUGGGAUCAGAUGAAUAGACGUCAGUAAUGAACGUGCUGACUGUUUAACAUUUAAGAUAAUUGUAUGCCUAAUGUCUUCAAUACAAAUAAAACCAUUUAUAAUCUUUGUGUAUUCAGCUAUCCAUAGAAGAAAGUAAAGUUCAAAUUGAAGUAAUGUAUA